AUGGCGGCAGCACCGGUUACACCAGCGCCCAGCGUCCACAUCGACAGUGAUGUGGUCGCCCAACACGACCCCGAGAGCCAACAUCGCCCGAGAGAGAAGAAGGCCGGCUCGGACAAGGUUUCGGCCUUCCAGUCUCUCGGAUGGCUCGACCGAUUUCUGGCCGUCUGGAUCCUGCUCGCCAUGAUUAUCGGCGUGCUCUUGGGCAACUUCGUCCCUCAGACGGGGCCGGCUCUGCAAAAGGGCACAUUCGUGGGAGUGUCGAUUCCGAUAGGCCUGGCAGGGGGCGACAGCGAAUACUGCGCCAUUCUUGUCGCCAUCAACUCGAUCCUGCAGAUGGUUCUCUUCGCUCCGAUGACGAUUUUCUUGAUCCGCGUCAUCAGCCACGACAGCAGCGUGCAGAGUGUCUCCUAUUCGGUCGUGGCCGCCAGCGUCGCCGUCUUCCUCGGCAUCCCUCUUGGCGCGGCCAUUGUGACACGCUUUGCCCUCCGCGCAAUCGCCGGCCCGGACUGGUUUGAACGGCGUUUUCUCCGGUUUGCUUCGCCAUGGUCGCUGAUCGGGCUGCUGUACACGAUCCUCGUCCUGUUCGCGUCGCAGGGCCACGCUGUCGUGCACCAGAUCGUCAGCGUGGUGCGCGUGGCCACGCCGCUGGUCGUGUACUUUGGCCUGAUCUUUUCCCUGACCUUGUGGGCCGCGUAUCGCCUUGGCUUCGGCUAUGCCCUGGCGGCAACGCAGAGCUUCACGGCCGCGAGCAACAAUUUCGAGCUGGCCAUUGCGGUCGCCGUGGCGACGUUUGGCCCAGACAGCGACCAGGCACUCGCGGCCACGGUGGGCCCACUGAUCGAGGUGCCUGUGCUGCUGGGCCUGGUGUACUUGGUUCGAUGGGUUGGAAACAAGUGGAACUGGAAGACGUGA